AUGGUCAAGGCAUCAACCACCCCCAAGGCGGGUUCCCGGACGGACCCCGAAGCAAUUGAGCGUCGGCGGAUGCAGAACCGUCUCGCACAGCGCAAAAGGCGCAUGAAACGGGCCCAACUGGCCAAAGAAGAAAAAGAAAGACAGCAGCGCCUGCAAGCAGCACAGGCAGUAUCGCGACUCACCUUCAUGAAUGAAUCGUAUAUGUCCAACAGCAUGAUGGGCCGGUAUCACGAGCAAAAGUUCCAUCCAGCAUUGCAAAAUCGUUACUUCACUACCAGCACUCCGCCGCCUUUCGAAGACAUCUUCGCCUCCUCUCCAUAUGUUCCUCCAACUCCCGUGCCGCCCUUCGAGUCUGAUCCGUCGUUCUUUGUAGCUGGGUAUCCCUCGCCGUCAUUAUCUGGAUAUGCACCGUCCACGCCACCGCUCAGUCUGUACACGCCUAGUCUGGUGGGUGGGGACUUGUCAAAUAUCAGGAGCAGCAGCAGCAGCAGCAGCAACAACAGCAACAGCAACAGCAACAUCGAUAUCGACCCCAGCCUCUUCAUGGGCCAGACUCUUGUCGGUGGUGUCUCUUCCUCUGCUCCAGGGCCAGCAAAGUCUCAAGCAUUGGAUGCCUUUGGCCUCGUGCUAGUGCAGCCAGAUCGACAUCGCUCAACUUCUCUCCCCUCGCAGUUCUCUCCUCCACGCUCAGUCCCCUCGUUGUCAUCACCGCCCCUACCGCCGAGCAUGAUUCACAGAAAAGGGAGCCACCACAAGACCAACAACCAUAACAACUUACAUACAAAUAAUAUGAAUCCCAACCCCAGCCCCAACCCAUCGCACGCCAGCGCGCACACCCACGGCAAAACAGGCCUACACGUGUGCGCCGAACAAGGCAACACGCACGUCGUACAGCUCCUCCUAGGCUACGGCGCGGACAUGGACGGCUUAGACGAAUACGGACGCACGCCGCUGCACUACGCCGUCCGCAACAACCACACCGACGUGGUGAAACAGCUCGUUGAGCGAGGGGCCAGUAUCACCAUCACGGACGUUAAUGGUAUCAGUCCCGUGCAUAUCGCGGCUGAGGCUGGGUCCGAGGAAAUGGUGCAGAUGAUGAUGCCUAUGACGAUGACCGGGCAGGAUAUGAAUCUGAAUCUGAAUCUGAAUUUGGGUCCGGGUCUGGGUCUGCAGACUGGUCUUGUUACCAGUUCCUAG